AUGAAGAAUAAUUUUUUAUUAUUUCUAUUUAUUUUUUUGAGUAUAAUAAAUUUGAUUAAAGGUUUUGAAGUUAAAUCAUCAACAGUUGUUAAAAAAGAUGUAAACGUUUUGGGUGUUGAUUUAUCAUAUGCAUUGAUUGAUAUCGAAUUUGAUCAAGAUAUUUAUAAAUAUGAUUCAUUGGGAUGUCCAAACUAUAAUUGUACAGAUAUUCCAAGUGAUAGUGAAAUUGAUUGUACAUGUGAUUAUACAGAUAUGAACGAAUGUCCAAAAAUCCGUCAUCCAAGUUGUACAAAUGUAUGUGACGAAACUGGCGUUGAAGGAAUUGAAUUAUGCAGUGGAGAAUGGAAAACGGUUGAAUUCGAUAAACAAUAUAGCUUUGAAUCAUCAGGUGGUAAAAUUCAAAGAUUUAGGGUUAAAGCCGAUUCGUUUGGUUGUAAUGGUGUUUUCCUUAAAGUCACUCCAAUGGAAGGUUAUGGUGAUACAUACAUUGGCUCAACACCAUCAUUAACCUAUCAAAGAUAUUCAUCAGAGUAUAAAUCACAAAGAUUGGCAUUAUUUAAUAUUUGCCCAUCUGAUAAUUGGGAUGUAGCUGAACAUUAUUCAUAUACAUUAUCAUGGACUAGAGAUACCUACUUUAUAAAUGUUGUACCACAAAGCCAAUAUUUCAAAUUCUCAUUAAUCCUUCAUACAAAUAAAGUACCAAAUGCUACAGUAGAUACUUCAAAUUGCCAAUCUGCAACUCCUGACCACAUUUGUAUCACCACUGGUGAAAUUAUUAAUAAUGUGGCAGAGGCAUAUGAACCACAAUAUUACUCUUUUCAAGUUGAUAAAGCAGAAUUUUAUUACUUUAAUUUCCCAUGCAUGUACCAAAAUGUAAUUUAUUAUAUGUCAAAUUCAACUCAAAAGCCAACAGAAUUGGAUUCUUUUUGGCAAUUAUCAGAAGAUUUUGAUAACUAUAUAGUUUUAUAUUUAGAACCAUCAACAAUAUAUAUAACAGCUGUACCAACUUAUUCAACAAAUUAUACUUUUUCAAUUACAACACAAGGUGAUAGAUAUAGAUAUUCAUUUUAUGAAAGUAAUUUUAUGACAACUCAAGCAGGUGCAAUAUCAUUAGUAAAUACAGCUCGUUUGGAUACCCCAACUUCAUAUUAUGAUGGUCCAACAUUUGAUGCAUCUGACCCUUUUACAAUUUUAUAUCCACAAACUGAUAUUAAUCCAUUAUAUCCAGUCCCAUCCUUCUUUUUCCAUACACCAAAGUUUGACUACCUUUUAAUUUAUGAUGACAUUAUAAAGGAUUCAUUUAGUUCCUAUAAACCAAAAUCAUUUCAAGCUUCUGUCAGACUCUCCUCAAGUGUUGGUAAAAAUGAUUUAGUUAAAGUAUUUGAUUUUGAAACAAUUUUAAAUUCAAAAUUACAAUUUCUUUCAAAUAUUUUUGAUGAAAAUGAUAAUCCAAUUAAUAUUCAAGUUGGAUUUAAAGAAAAAGAAAUUGAAUGUGAUACUGAUAAAUUUCAACAAGUUUUGGAAUUGUUAGAAAAUACAGAAAAAGUAUUAUUUAAUGUAUCAGAUAUUGAUGAAUUAAAUAAUUAUAGAUAUAGUUUAGAUUCAUUAACUAUUAGUGAUGCAUGGAUAGGUUGUAGUAAUAAAGCAUUAUCAUUAUUACAUAUGGAAACUGUUGUAAAGAAUAUUUCAAUUAGAUUAUGUCAAUACUUAAGUACUGAUCCAGAAUAUAAAACUGAUCCAUGUUGUUCACCAAUUCAGGAUUAUUAUCAAUGCUGUAAUCCAUCAAUUAUUCCAACUAACAUCACACAAUUCGUAUCGGUGAAUCAAAGUUUAGUAGGUGAACAAUGUUCAAGUCUAGAAUGUACCUCAUCAGUAUUAUCAGAUUAUGGUAGCUCGUUGGAUGGUAUUGAUGAUUGUGCUGUGCCAUCAACUGAACCAACCAAAUUAGAAUUAACAUCAAUUACAGUUUUAAGAGAUUGCAAGAGUAAAUUAAUACCACCAACAUCAUUUUGUACAAAUGAUACAGAUUGUAAUGGAUAUGGCGAUGGUAAAUGUAAUUUAUAUUCAAGAACUUGUUUACCAAAUUUUAAUAAAAUCGAUUUUGAAUAUGUAAAAUGUGUAUUAUCAAAUUUAUCACCUGGUACAUUAUUCUCAUUGUUGGAGAGUUCAACCAUUGUAAAUGAUGAUGUUGUUACUAAAGUUUUCAAUAAACAUUUAAAAGAUGAUUGUAUUGGUCAAAAUGAUAUAAAUGAACGUUCUACAUAUACAUGGGGGUCAAGAGUAUCAUACAGCAAAGAACAAUGUUAUUCAACAAAUGGAUGUUUGGAUGGUUCAUGCCUUUCUCAUCAUGAUACUUGUUUGGAUAGUAUGUUUUUAUAUUGGGAUUUUAGAUUAGUAUCACAUUUUGAUAAUUGUACUUCUUGGGGUAUUUGUCCAUACUUGUCAUGCAGUGAUAAUACAUAUACUGAAAAUGGUAUUGAAGAGUCAUGUGAAGAUGCUUGUGUUUUAAAAGAUUUUUGUGGUGUUUGUACAAAUGAAGAUACUCAAUGUCAUGUAGCUACUGAAUUUACAGAUCAAACAUCAUGUCAAACUCAAAAUCAAAUUUGUCUUUUACCAAAUGGUGAAUAUGAUUUAACAGCAACAAGCGAAAGUAAUUGUAAUUCUAAAGGUAAAUGUUCAGUACCAUGUGGUUAUGAAUGCUCUUCAAGUUUAGCAAAUAAUCAAGAUGAUUAUUGUGCAAUUUUACAAACCGGAAUGAAUAGCACAAAUUGUGCAGCAUUAGAUAAUCCUGUAGGUACAACUGAAUGGUCAACCGAAGCAAAAGUUUGUAUAUUAAAAUCUGCAACAGAUGAACAACAAUGUAUUACUGCUGGUUCAGGUUAUACAUGGAUAGAUUGUUCAACAAAACUUGAAGGUGAAUGCAUUGGUCCAGAUGCUCAACAAAGUUUAUGCUCAUUAAAACCAAUUGAGUGUCAAACUGAACAAGAAUGUUUAACAGCAGGUAUUUGUUCUGAUGAAUUUUAUUUCAAUCAAGCCACUACAAGAAAUUAUAAUUAUCCUGAUGGAUAUGGUAAAUGUUUAUUCCCACAUGGUAAAUUUAGUGGCAUAAGUUGUGAACCAUAUGCCCAACAAGAUUCACCAAAUGGUUGUUAUCCAUUAGGAUUGGACUACUUGAGUAAAGUUAGUUGUGAAGAUGAUGGUGGUGUAUGGUGGAUACCGGCAAGAAAUCAAAGUUCAUGUACAUCACAAAUGGGUUGUAAAAUUUUAGAAUCCACUAUAACAGUUAAUAAUUUACCAUUCAACUACCAAUUCAAUGAAAUGGAUCAAGAUUUAUGUGAAGGUUGUAUGGACUCAUUCAAUAAAUGGACAAAUAAAUUCCAAUGGAAAGCAGCUACAUGGUUACCAGGUGUUUAUAAACCAAUUGUUUGGAAUACUGCGAAAUCAUUCAUUCCAAAUGAUAUCGAUAGUGUAUUCAAUUAUCAACUAUUCUACAAGAGUGUUACAAAAGCAGCAAAAACUCAAGUUGCAGAUUUAUUCCGUUCAGAAGCAUAUUGUCGUAUGGAAAGAUUACAAUCAAAUUUGAACUCAAUUACAUGUAGUUGUUCAGGUAAAGGUGGCUCACAAUGUUUCACUGCAUCAACACCAUUAUUAGGUCAAACUAAACCAUGCGCAGGUGUAAAUUCAUCAUUUUCAUUCGAUUAUGGUAAAAUUGAAUUUUCAAAUGAUUCAAUCUCUCAAAGUUGUCAAUCUUUAUCAAUUUCACAAAUUUCAAGAGAAAUCUAUACAUCAGCACAAAAAGAAUCAUUAGCAUCAAAUUUCGUAUCCUAUAAGAAAGCUGAUAAAUAUGGUGUUAAAAACUCUAAUGAUGCAAUCAUUGGUACAUUAUUAGGAGAUGGUAUUAUGAUUAAAUCACAAGAUGGUAUAAAUGAAGCAACCAUUUGUUUGAAAAUAUCUCUAUCUAGCACAAAAUAUCCAAUUUUAGAUUUUGCAGUUCAAAUCGAUGGUGAAUCAACAACACCAACUCCAAUUCAAUCAAAUAAAAUAUUCACUCAAAUUUCAAAGGAUAGUGUAACUGCAGGUAAAGAUGAAGUUUUAAUGUUAUGUUCAAUUGUUACCAUUGAAGGUGGUAAUCCAAUUUAUUUCCCAAUUAAUCGAAUGGAUGAAUGGGAAAAUGAAAGUAAACAAGCAUUCGACUCAACAUCAAGAGCAUUAAUGUAUACAUUGGGUGCUCUCUUUUCAGUAGUCUCAAUUUGGGGUUUAUUUGAAUUAUGUCUUAUUGUUAGAACUCAGUUUGUUUCAGAAAAAAGAAAUUUCCAACUAACCCAUCUUUUAAUUGGUGUCGUAACACUAUUUAUCACAAUUAGAGCCAUUUAUUUCUUUAUUAUGCCAAGUGGUAAUUUAUCUGAUAGUCCAAUCGCCGAUUACAUUCUAGUGGUAUUACCAACAUUUAUUUACUUUACAGCAUUUAAUAUUCUUUUAGUACUUUGGUAUGUCAUUGUAUUCUUGGUAUUGAAAAAGAAUAAAUCUGCUGAGAAUUUAUCAAAGAGAUUAUUUACAAUUGUAUUUGUAAUCAAUGCAUUCCUCUACCUAUUAUUCAUUGCCAUUGUAUUAGUUUUCCAAUAUACCAAUACCGAUCCAAGUAAUGAUUGUGGUUCGCGUAUUAUAAUUCCAGUGGAAAGUUCAACACCACAACGUGUAGUUAGUAUUGUUUACGCGGUGAUUCAAGCAUUAAUUUCAUUAAUUAUGGGUGCAGCAUUCAUUUACUUGGGUGGCCGUUUAUUCAUUGUUAUGCGUUCAACCAAUAUUAAAGUGGGCUCAAAAUCAAAUCAUCAAAGAAAAAUUUUUACACUCACUGUUGCAUGUUCGAUUGGAUUUUUAUUACAUUGUGUAUUUGUAUUGAUUUUAGUAGCAGGAAAUGUAAAUUCAAUGAUAUUCAGUUUCAUUGGUUUAAUAAUCACUGAAAUCGUUCCUGGAUUUAGUAUUUUGUAUUGUUUUGAACAACGUGCUAGAAAUAUUAAUACAAGUUCAGAUAAUAGUCCAACAAAUAGCGGAGGUUCAAAAAAUAGAAACAGUACCAAAUUAUCAACAAUGAUCAGCGAUUCUCGCCAAAAUUCAAAUAAUUCAAACUCAAAUUCACCUUCUGAAUAUUCUAAUAAUGAUUUCGAAUCACCUAAUAAUUCAUCUUUCAACACCCCAAACGGUAAUGACGAGCAGUUGUAA